AUUAAUACAAAAACUUAUCAUAUCCCUAAUAUGUAACAAGAAAGCCAUUCCUUCUCAGCUAUGAACAACAACAGAAAUGGCUAUUCCUCUGUUCCAAAUCAACCCAAUUAUAGUUAUGAUUCGGAUACACGAUCGUCGGGUUGGCGAGUUCCUGCUUUCUCUUCGCGGAAUGCUUGGUCUAGGAGUAAUUCAAUAGUUAACAGACACUUGAUCGAUGAUCCCAUAUCCGCUUACUCAAGAACAUCGAUUUCAUCAACCGUAGAUUUAGUACCACCAUCACAUACUCGGCAUCAGAUUCCAAUCCGUAACAGCAACAACCUGCGAAGACAACACCUCGAGGCACUAAGACAAGCCGUUCACAACCAAUCAACUAGACCCGAGAGCAGCUCAAGAUCAUCAUCACAAACCAAUGAAGAAGACGAGAUCCUCAAACAUCUAACAAAAGAAACAUAUAACCCAGUUCCAAAAAGCACCCUUCUCAGAAGCCUGAGCUUAUACUACAGAAACAAAAACCCGGGAAGCGAAAGCUCAAGAAACACUCAAAAUCUCUCAGGUGAAGAAGACGACAAAAGAUGCUCCGUGUGUUUAGAAGACUUCGAGCCCAAGGAAACAGUGAUGCUCACUCCUUGCAAACACAUGUUUCACGAGGAAUGUAUAGUUCCAUGGUUAAAGACCAAAGGACAAUGUCCUGUCUGUAGAUUCGUCAUACUCAAGCCGACAAAACAAGACUCUUCUCCUCCGGCUAAUGGAUCAAAUCUCACCGGAGACAUGACAACGAAUGAUCUCUUCACAUUAGAGCUACUCUCUGUGAAAGGAAUGGCGCCAAAAUCACAUCUUCGAUGUUGCUCCUCCGUCGCAACAGUCCCACGGCGGAACACGGAGGCGCAAUCAGGUAAAUCACCGAGAUCACCGAACAAAGACUCAUCUUCCUCUUGGCCUACUGAAAAACCUCUCUCUAGAGUUACGUCGAGGAAAUUCGAAGAACCAGAUGAUGAUGAGAUCGACGCGUCGUAG